AUGUCAUGUCUCCUUGCUACUCUGUUAUAUACAGGAAUGAACUCGGGCGCAAAUAAUCGUUUGGUCCUUGCUUAUGACGAUCUCUUUGACUCUAUUCAAAUGACAUACACUUUAAACCCUAAUCAGAAAUUCCCUGAACCUAACGAGAACAUCCCGAUAUUUAAAACACCGACUACAUAUCACCAAGCAGGUACUUAUUUUGCCAUAUACUGUUCAGUGGAUAAGACCUCAUCCGAUAUAUAUCAUGAUAUAGUUCUGCAGUUGUCCGAGGAAACGGGGGAACUCCGUAGUCCAUCCAGCAAAAAUAACGAAAGAGAAGAAAUAUGCUUUCAACAUAUAACAAGAAAAAUGGAUGAGAAGAAGAGUUCAUUCUUUCAGAAGAGUGGAAUUUCUACCAGAUAUUUAGAUAAGAACAUAUGUCCUGAGAAACUUAUUGUCCAACUUGCUUAUAAUUGGCGAAUAUAUUUGAUCAUGGGCAAUAAAUCACCAUUACGCGGCACAGCUUCGAGUAAGCCUCAAAUAAGACUUGAAAGUCCAAUUGAGAUUGAAAAUUACGUCGAAAAUGGCGAAUUAAUCACCGAAGGAAAUAUGAAUAGUGAAAGAUACUCGCUAGCAUGGUUCGAAGACCAUCUGCACAUGUUUGCGUGGAAUUCUAAGGAGAAAAUGUGGGGAUUAUAUACCACUCCUUAUAAUGUAAGGAACAACGGAAGAAUUAUCAUCAAUUUCUUACGAGCUACCAAUCCGCAAAUAAGUAAUAUCAUGAAAAACGCGUAUGCUACCUUGGAAGAAUAUAGACAGGAAUCUCGAAACAAAGUCGCCAGAAAACAGCACGAGCAAAAAAAGACCAUUUCCUAUUACAACGAGAGAUGUCGAAACCAUAUGUCAGAGAUUGAAAUGAGUACUGCAAUUUCUGCUAAAGGCCGUCUCUGGCAGAUGUUUUAA